GUCUCUUAAUUUCUCCGUCCCUAUAAAAUCCGGCACGGUCACUUUCAUCCAUCAUCGAUCCUCAUCAAGGUUUUACAUCGUCCACCGUAACGAAAAAUGGCGUUCAGGUAUUUGGCAACUCGAUUGGCAGCAAAUAGCUUCAGAACUGUGAAUAAAAGCCCUAAGUCAUAUGCUACGGCGACGGAGGCGAGGAUGAAAUCAUACGCGCCGGCGGCUGAUUUCUCACGAUUCGAUCAGAAUUACCAGCAGCAACAGAGCAAGCCGAAGGCGUCACGAGCCGGCGAUUUUGUCCCCGUUUAUGUGGCGAUCGGUCUGAUUGCGCUUUCUGUAGCCCUCGGAUUGCACACGGCGAAGCAGCAGUUGGCUCAUUCGCCGUCCGUUUCCGUUCGGAAGAAGCGCAGAGAGACGAUUCCGGAGGUGGCAGAGCCAGAGCACGUGGCGGAGGAGACUGAGAAGUUCUUCGCUAAAUCGUUCUUCAGAAAAGUGGCUCACGUUCAGGAACUCGAGAAAUUACGCAAUUAUCGCGUUCCUUACGAUCCUCAACUCGGCGAUGCUUAUGCUCAUCGCCACCGUACUGAGACGCUCAGGUCCGUCGGUGUCGAUCCGGCUUCGAACUGAAAUUAUAGUCGGCGGUGGUGAUUUUUAUUUCGACUCUUUGUAAUUAAGAAAUAAAUCGUCGAGAAGCCACUGUGUGAAUGUAAUCUCACUAAGAAUUUAGUUACCUUUGUAAAUUUGGUAUCAGGGAGUAUGAAUGUUUGUCCAUUUUUUCCCAACUACCUGGAAAAAAUAUUAUUGGCACC